AUGCUACUUUUAACGCCAUUAGCAUGGGGGUUUGUAUUAAUUUACGUUAAGGAGAGGGUGGUAUUCCGUGCUUGUCAGCCCGAAAUUUCGAAUCCUACGACUCCAACUCUAUAUGCCGGCACACUCGUCAUCAUCGUUCGUUCAUUCCUCAGUUUACGAGCUAUGUACACAUGUCUUACCGGAGUUACACCUGUUGCUUUGAGCAAUAACAAUUCUUGCAAUCUUGGCUUCUUUUGUCCAGAUAACACGGAUCAGAUUCCGCUUUAG